AUGUCUUCUCUCCAGUGCAAUGGUUGUGGCUCGUCGAGCACAGCUCUAAAAUUUGUCUCCUGCCUGCACACGUUGUGCGUACCCUGUGUGCAAAACAGUAUUUCCUUUGACGGUUCAAUCAAAUGUCCGAAAUGUUUGGCAACCACUCCGCUGACUGUGACUCUGAGCGUCGAGUCAUUGCGAUCGCUCCCAAGUGUUCUGGACCGUGGAGAUUGUGUCGCAGGAGAGGAGACGCAGGGGAAACCCAUGUGUGAAGAGUGUGGAGAUGAUACAAUCGCCAGCAGCGGAUGUGAGAAUUGCCAGGUGAAAAUGUGCGAUGUUCAUGCUGCUGGCCAUCCAUUGUUCAAAGCCACCAAGGGACAUACCGUCAAGCCAUUAUGCCGAGGGGAGCGUGCCUCGUCUUCCGCACUACCGGGAUCGACCAGCAAAUUUGCUUCACAGCACAGGUGUGUACUGCAUACAAGUGAGUUUGUCGUUGGAUUCUGCGUACAGUGUGACCAGCUGCUGUGCCCGAAGUGCAAGCAGACGCAUUCGCACAGAAAAGAUCAUCAAGUCCUGGACAUUGCCACUGCUGGUCAAAAAACUCGGGAUAUGCUAGCAGAUAAGCUUGGCAGCAGUACAUCGCCAUGUGCUGAUGUCAUAUCCCAAGCACUGAACCGUGUUCAAGCAAACAUUCGCAACCUCAAUGACCAAACAGAGCAGGCAUCAGCGAAAGUCACCGAGUUCUCGAAGCUGUUAACUGAGGCAGUUGUGAAGCGUGAGAACGAACUCCUUGCAGGGCUGGAUGAUAUGCGAUCUAAGAAGAUGCUGUCAUUGGAGGAACAACAAAACCGACUUCAGGAGUGUGUAUUGCAAGAGAAGAGUGCAGCGAAUAUUGUGAAGUCAUGCACUGACGAUGUUGACCUGCUCCGUAUAUGGACAUGGGUGGACGAGUCAUUGAAGAAAACGAUACGAAUGGCUGAAGAAGAUAACGUUCCAUGUGUGUCCAGUGGGCUUGUGUUUGCCAGCACUGACCUCACACAACUACUGAAUGACAUUGGCAAGUCUGGUGCUGUACUGGAUAUAGCUGAUCAUGCUGUACUGGAGUGUCCAGACAAAGCCACGACUCGUGAUGAUGUUAUACUCAGUGUUGCGAUGACACCAUCACACACUGCUAAUGCUGCCACUGCCAGUGCUACCAAUACUCCUGCAGGCAGUGUGAGUCAGGAUCAACUCGACAACAUCGGACUGGAGAUUGCCGUAAGCAAUCUUAACAAGGAUGAUGAAUUUCCGGCUGUGCGUACUCGCUGCAAAUCGUUACCUGGACGUGUGGAGAUUGGAUGUGAUCGCCUGCAAGCUGGUUGCUACAGUGUAUCAGCUAUGAUUGGAUACAGGCAUUUGCAAGGCAGUCCCCAGCAACUAAGGGUGACAACCACUGCCACCAAUGAUGGUCACUCAUUAAGACGUACCAGUAACGAAAACUGGCCAUGGCUCCCUUCUGACACUUCAGAUGAGGAUUGA